GUAACUAUUAGAUAUUUUUGCGGUGUUUCAGUGUGUGUUUGUUUGAAUUUUGAUUACAUUAAUUACAUUUAUCAUUUUUAAAAUGUGGUGGAUUCUGCGUCGAGCUCGGAUCACUGGCGCGUCGCUGUUCAGCCAAGCGUCCGGCACCACAAACAAUAACACCAAUAAAACAGAAACACGACCACAACGUAAAGACUACAAUCAGCUUUCAUCCAAUGAGAAACUUGACAACAGACAAAUUGAAGACGUGCACAUAGAUGAAGCCGAGGUGGAUUCCGACGCAAGCAGUACUGACUUAGAAGAGCGAGACACGCGCAGUGUUUGUCCGCCUUGUACGCAUGAUCGAUAUAACAACAACGUCCGAAGACGCGCCCAUGAUGAUUUUAGCGAUGAUACCGAUUACGAUGAAGCACUGACCUGCAACGUUUGUGACCGAUCAUUCCCGAGUCGACGUCAGCUCAGUGACCACCAGCAGAAGAAAAGACAUUUUGGCUGCAGCUCCUGCGAUAGUCUGUUCCCGUCGCUGAUGGCGCUCGAGCACCACAAGGAGGAGUUUCAGCACUGGAGCGACUCCUCUUACUGCUCGCACAGCGAUUCUGACGAGAGCGACGAAUGUCAUGAAGACAGGCAUCGAUUACUAUAAUGCCACCAUCUCAUUAUUGCCGGGGACAAACCAGCCAAGCUGGGCACUUUUGUUUAGUAACCUCUAGAUUGUAGGCGUGAUGCAAAUACAGAUAACAACUCGAUCAUUUAUCAUGUUAAAAU